AGCACGCCUCCCGCUGCCGGCCCGCGCGCUUUCGGAGCGCCAUGAGCCUGUGGGCCGACAAGCACCGGCCCGGCGCCCUCGCCCGCCUCGACUUCCACCGCGAGCAGGCGGCGCGGCUCCGCAACCUGGUUCAAUGUGGUGACUUUCCUCAUCUGUUGGUGUAUGGACCAUCAGGAGCUGGAAAAAAGACAAGAAUAAUGUGUUUGUUAAGGGAAUUAUAUGGUGCAGGAGUGGAGAAACUGAGGAUUGAGCAUCAGAGUAUAACGGCACCUUCUAAGAAGAAGAUUGAAAUUAGCACCAUUGCAAGUAAUUAUCACCUUGAAGUUAACCCAAGUGAUGCAGGAAACAAUGACCGUGUGGUAAUUCAGGAGCUCUUGAAGACAGUGGCACAGUCCCAACAGCUUGAGACAAGUACUCAACGAGAUUUUAAAGUGGUGCUGUUAACAGAAGUUGACAAACUUACAAAAGACGCUCAGCAUGCUUUGCGAAGAACAAUGGAGAAGUACAUGGCGACCUGCAGGUUGAUCCUGUGCUGUAAUUCAAUGUCAAAAAUUAUAGGACCCAUUCAAAGCAGAUGCCUGGCUGUACGAGUGCCUGCUCCUAGUAUUGAAGAUAUCUGCCAUGUCUUGUCCAGUGUGUGUAAGAAAGAAGGCCUGACUCUUCCUCAGGAACUGGCUCAAAGGAUUGCAGAGAAAUCUGGCAGGAAUCUUCGGAAGGCACUACUUAUGUGUGAGUCAUGCAGAGUACAACAGUAUCCUUUUACUGCUGAUCAAGACAUUCCUGAGAUGGACUGGGAAGUUUAUUUGAGAGAAACUGCAAAUGCUAUUGUUGGUCAACAGACACCACAAAGGCUUUUAGAAGUCCGUGGACGACUUUAUGAACUCCUGACCCACUGCAUCCCUCCUGAGAUUAUAAUGAAGGGUCUCCUGACAGAACUUCUAAAUAAUUGUGAUGGACAGCUGAAAGGAGAAGUUGCACAGAUGGCGGCCUUCUAUGAACACCGCUUGCAACUGGGCAGCAAAGCCAUUUAUCAUCUGGAAGCAUUUGUUGCAAAGUUUAUGGCAAUUUACAAGAAGUUCAUGGAGGAUGGGCUGGAUGACAUAAUGUUCUAACUCUGAUGCCUGAAGUCAUACACAGAAUGUUGUGUCAAGAUACCAAUGGUGUUGCAAAUGUCUAGUUGUCAGUGCUUGAUUACGUGUGGGUCUAGUUCUAAGUCAAAUAUUUUUAUUUUGUGUUUAAUAAAACAAUGUUUGUUCAGCUUUAGAAACCAGAUGGAUUGUUUUGACAGCCACAAAUCCAUCUUUAGAUCCAUACAAAAUGCAUUGGCCUUUCAGAAAGACAACACAUUGCCUUGGAAGAUGUGCAAGAUCAGAGCUGCUUUGCAGUAUUUGUAAGCUGACAUUAAGAAGAGAGAACACUGUGUUCUCUCCAAGGUGCUGUAUGCUUGGUUUUUGUUAAUCACAGAUGGGCAAGGCUGAAGGAAAAAUGUUUUUUCCAUGUUCUGCCAAGUUCCACCUUGAACAUGUAUGUUCUGCCUUCUGAUCUAUACAUCUUAGUGUUUGUCUGGCUUC